AUGGAUGACAACAACGCUAAUCAUAGGAUUUCAGAGAACAGCGAUGAUAUUGCGGUGAUCAUGGUAUCGCCGGUGACAAUGGUGAACAAUUUCAUAGACUUGGGUGGUUUUGAUCUGGACGAGGCUCUUGCGGUGGUGGAGGGAGAAUCAGGGUGUGUAGUGGCAACGUGCAAGAGCUACGUGUCGAAGUUGCCGACAGUGAACGAAGUGAGGAGGGACGAGGUUUGCUCCGUUUGCAUGGAGGGGUUCAGCCGGCACAGCGGGGAAGGGGAAAACAAGCGAAUCCCCUGCGGCCACGUGUACCACUCAAGCUGCAUCACCAUCUGGUUGGAGCACUGCAACUCCUGCCCCCUUUGCCGCCGCCUUAUUUUAUUCUAA